AUGGCCAAGAAGCAGCCGGCGCACACGUGGCCCAUGAGCCUCCGCGUGCUCUUCCCCGCGUGCAUCCUCCUCAUCUUCUUGGUCAACAUGACCCUCUUCCGCGCGCCUGACAGCACCGAGGCAGGCCCGCGCCUCAAGAAGCCAGCGUUCGUGCAGCGGGCGCCGACCACAGACGCAACCUGCUGGUUUGACGACCCCAAGACGCAGCGCGUGCCCACGGACGACCUCGAGCACCUCAGCCUUCUGCACGCUGCGUGCACGACCGAGUCGGACGACAUCAUUACCUGGCAGUAUGGCACGAACGCGACCACGACACCGUACCCGACGCGGCUGCGGCGCGACGACCCGCGCGUGCUUGACGAGCUCCGGCGCUGCCCCGACUAUGAUGUGUUUCUCCCGAGCGGCCUCCGUGGCUCGGGCUACUGCGAGGACGGCUGCGCCUACGCCAAGUACGGUCAAUCGCGCUUGCUGCCCAUCUGGGCGUUCGAAGACGAGUACUUGGACCCGCAGACCAACCGCAAGGUCAAGUACUUCGACUUGUGCCCGCGCACGCCAGUCAUCUUCUUCAACCACUACUGGCCGCCGUGGGAGUGGCCCAAGCACAAGCCCAUCUACCUCAUGCCCAACAUUGAGAUGGGCGAACUGAAGUCGCCGCAGUACUGGAGCGCCGGCGUCGUCAUCUGCAAGUCGCGCGACUGCUAUCAGCGCGUGACCAAGUGGUACGAGCAAGAGGGCAACCCGAAUGGUGCUGCCGUCUUCUACACCCGGCACACGACCGCCGACAUUGCAGGCCACAUUUCGCGCAAGCUCGGCCCUGGCGGCGUCAAGCCCAAGGACUACCGCGACAAGGUUCGGUUCACGCACUCGGCCGGCGGCAGCGUCAGCAAGGGCACGGACCAGGUCAUCCAGUGCUGGCUGUCGCGACCGGACCUGCCGCCGCUCGACCUCUCGAUGAGCCAGAGUCUCUACGAUAUGGGCUACGGCGACAAGUACGCCGAGAGAAUCGCAGCCGCCAAGAACAUCAACUUUCAACACAGCGCGAUCAACGAAGAGACGUUUGGGAAGCGACUCGCCGAGACCUCUUUCUUCCUCUGCGCAAGUCGGUGGGAAGGCUACGGCCACUACAUCAACCAGGCGCGCGCGGCCGGCGGCGUCAUCAUCACAACCGAUGCGCCGCCGAUGAACGAGCUCAUCGUCGCGCCCGAGAGCGGUGUGUACGUCAAGACGGUCGUGCACCACCACCCGCACCAGAUCCUGGGCGGCGGCUUUGAAGGCGAGCACGGGCUCCGCGACGUCGGCGGCCUCCAAGCCGACUACUCGUCCGGCGAUCUCUGCGACGCAGUGGACCACGUGCUGAGCCUGUCGGGCGGCGAGCGCGAGCGCAUGGCCAAGGCGGCGCAGCAGCAGUUCCACGACGACACCAAGUUCUUUGCGGCGUCCAUGCGCGACCUCCGAGCGUUUGCGCGCGCUCAGCUGCGCUCCAACAUGACGGCCGCCGAGGUCGCGGCCGGCAACUGGCAAGACACGGCGGUCCGGGACGUGCCGUGCAUAUAA